AUGGCCCCAAUCGAAGCAGAGGACCUGACCUCCGUGGCGGGCGUCUGGGAGAAAUGCUUCGGCCAGGAUGCUCGCAACUUCACCGUGAUAGUGGAGCCAUCGGCCAGCGCUAGCAAGGACGAGGAGGGCUCCGAGGGGAAGAGGGCCGAGUUUAAGGUGUGGGCUCCUCUGUUGUCGCACUGGUCCCCAGUCUUCGAGACGAUGCUCCGCUCCGAGAACUACGUGGAGUCCAAGGAAGGGCAGGUUGUCAUCCAAGAUUUCGCAUCCGAGGCCGUGGAGGUCUUCCUCCGGUUCUUGUACUCCGGGGUUGUGAGAGGCUCCCUAGGGCUGCUGGUGCAGGUCGCUGCCAUGGCGGAUAAGUACCAAGUCGGCAAGCUGCACGCCUUGUGCGUCAACUCCGUGGCAGAGGCGCUCACGCCAGAAGCGCUGGAGCAGAUCCUCAUCCAUCCCGCAGAGGCUUUGGAGACGCGCCCCAACGACCUGAACCCGGAGCUUCUCCAGGAGAUCCUGGACUCCGGCCUGCUGUGCAUGGAGGACGGGGACCUUCUGAAGCUGCUACGUGGCUGGGGCAAAGGGAAGGAAGGCGACCGGCUGCAGCCGCUCAUCGACGCCCGCAUCGGGGCAACAGCGCGAAAGCCCGGCCAGCACUCCGAGAGCGUGCUCAUCACCUUGUGGCAGCGCUAUUGUAAUGCCGGGAAGAAGGGCAGCUUCCUCGGCUACUGGGUGGUGGUGACCCUGGGACCCCAGCAGGCGAACAUGAGUGGGGAGGACACAAAUAGCUUAAAUGAAAUUGCCCGUGGCUUUGCUCGAGGGCUCUCCGAGGGUUGGGUCAAGUGGGAGCUCCCACGCACGCCGGUGCACCUUAUGGGCUUUUCCUUUGACAAGGACAUUCCAAGCACGUUGUCCUUCCAGAUUUUCUGUUCUGAAGACGGAGGGCCGUGGCACCUCGCGUAUUCAUCCGACAAGCAAGAGAUCAAGGCCGGCACCGUGCUGCCGUGCAAGAAGCCCCCGGGCCUGGUGAAGUGCUUCAAGUUGCAAGUUCUGGCUGGGCAGAUCGCUCAGUACGCAUACUUGCGCAUCCACGGCAUUUUGCAAACAGACUGA